AUGCCAGGGCGAGAAGUGAGUUUAAACAGCAAGGAUUUUCAGCGUCCUCGCUUGAAUCCCGUCGUAGAGAGCAUUACUAAGAUUAAAGACACCUUUGUGAAGAAAGGUGUACUAAAUGUUGUUCCAUCGAAGAUACCCUCGCACCUAUCAGAUAUCAGAGAUGGCCUCAUUUCGCUGCUGAUGACAAAUGGAGCUCUGUACCAAGAAAACAUCAUUACCAGUGAACCAUUGGGUGAAAGAGACACCACAUGUCUUUUGUAUUUAUCAGAAUAUUUAGCAGCAUUACUGGAUCUCCCUGUGCCACGGACACACAGAAACACUAGGUAUGACGCCUUCAUAGCAAUGCCCCAUCAACCCCUCAUGCUGCUGACUCUGAUUGACAACGGCACUGAAACUGAAGAGAUAAGGAAGUAUAACACCACUGUGGCUAGAGAAGUGACUUCAAAACUACGCAGGUUUACCAAUGAAAGCAUUAAUGUGAUACAUGGAGUUUUCAGUUUGAGUGACCUCAUAGACACAGACACGUGCUACAUAAAGUUACAGAGAGUAGCAGCAUUAUCUGCAUCCUUCGUUCCCAAGUCUUCUCUGUUGAUGACUCUUGCAAAAUAUGAACAUGUGAUGAUGGCCUUCUGGGCAGCUGUUGCGGAGACAAAGUCUGUCCUGACAGAGACAGGUGAAGUAGAUGACAGUUGUAUCCACUUUCUCACUUCUGAUCAGUGUGCGUGUCUUGUGGAGAACAUCGAAAGUAGAUAUGUUUGCUGCAGACAGGAGACCGACAUUGAAUCCAACACUCUGAUGGUGGAGGUGGCCAGGAGACUGAGCAGAAUGGGUGAUACUCUACUGAUAUGCAACUCACAGGAAGAAAAGAACAGACUCAGAUCUGUCUACUCGUCAACAAUCUCGGUUUUUGAUGUGGAAGACACGGACCUGUCAAAGUUUGAAAAUUUGGUUAAUGAAACGUACAGUUAUCCGUUCAAACCCUCUGGCCGACAAUGGGAAUUUCUCAAAGGCACUCAACACAGGUCACAUGGUACAAAGAAUCAAACAACUGAGACAUCAAACAGGAAAGAAGAUGGUUGCCAAGUGUUCCACUGUAAAGACUUUCUCCGACCACAGUUACAGCAAACGAAAGGAGAUAUUACUGAAAUUAGACGUCAUUACAUGAUGAAAGGCGGCGUCAGCAUAAUUCCAGUCAGUCUGACAGGCCAUUUGGUGGACAUUAAGGAUAUGCUACUUUCAGUCCUGGAAACUGAUAAAUCCCUCUUUCACUGCAACCUUGUCACUGGUGCAGAGCUGGACUUGAGUGAUAACGAGAAGUGUUUGGUGCAUUUGACAGAAUCCUUAGCAACAACACUAGACUUUCCAGUUUCAGAGAGACCUUCUGAAAUACGAUGCGAUAUGUUUCUGGCUUUUCCCGAGCAGCCCCAUGUUGUACUGACAGUGAUGAACUGUGAACAUGAAUCUAAAAUGAUAACAAAUUACAACACCUCAGUAGCCAGAGAACUGACUGCAAAAUUACGUCGUUUCACAAUUGAAAACCUUAAUGUUAUACAUGGGGUUGUGAGCAAGAAUGACAUGAAAGAUAACGAGGUGUUCCUUGCAAAGUUACAACAAAUUGCAGCAGUGUCUUCAGUAUUCAUUUCAAAAGCGUCUUUGAUGAUGAACUCGUUCAAGUAUGACCAAAUACUUAUGGCAUUCUGGGCAGCAUUAGCUGAGACAAAAGUAGAUGUACAAGAGAGUCAGUUAAAAUUUCUUAAGAAAGAACAAUGCAUCCUUUUAUUGGAAAAUCUUAACAGAAUGAAUGUCGAGGUCAGGCUUCAUUCCACUAGUGAGUCCAAUGACCUAAUGCUUGAGGUUGCCAGGAGACUGAGCAGACAGGGCAACACCUUGCUGAUCUGUAGAUUACGGGAGGAGAGGGACCGAUUGAGAUCAGUGUUCUCAUCGACGAUAUCAUUAAAUGAUGUCUGGAAGUGGGAUCUAUCAGCUUAUGAGAACAUUGUCCUUGAUGCCCAGAGUCUGCCCGAGAUGCCGAGUGGAUGUCGGGUGUGGCGAUUCCAAACAGAUCCUGCCAAUGUUGAAGAACUGAAGAUGCGGUUACAGACUACAGAGAAGGAAGUACACGAGAUGGAGAAACAACUCAGUGGUCUGCACAAUGAUAAGUGGAAAAGACAGAUGGAGUACCUGUUCUGGGAAGUAGAUGCGUUGAAGUUACUGGAUUUGAUGCAAAAUCUUGAUGCUUCCAACGUUCUCAGAUGGACCCUCAAGGCUGAGCCGUUAAAGAAGGGAUUAUCAGUUGAGGAUGAGCAGAGUGAUCGGCAGGGUGAUCGGCAGGGUGAUCGGCAGGGUGAUCGUCCAACACAGAUGAUGAAGCUCCGGGACAGAAUUGAAAACCAGGAGGACAUUUUUUUAAUUUUAAGAUCGGAAAUCCUUGAGAAUAGGAAGAAGCUUAUCUGGCGCCAGGACAGAGAAGUAACUCUUGACAAGGAUCGUCACGAACCAUCAGCCGUCGAUGUUUCAGCAUCUGAACCUAAAGAACUGUUCAUUGAAGAAAAGCCUAAGGGGUUCUUCAGGAAGGCAUUGGGAUCUCUUCGAAAACAAGUGACGGGAACCCAGAAGAGGAAGAAAUAUUCUGGACAAAAGCCCAAACAGCCUUUGAUGGAAAGUGUUCCACAUGCCUCUCUGGUGGACUAUGCUUCUGUUACACCAUCAAUGGACUCACUAAAGGAAUCGGUUUCUGAGACAUCACUGGAGGAUGGUGAAUCUCUUAGUUCACAGGACUCACCAGAGGAUUUAUCUUUGCUCGUCUCGUCAAUAAGAUCAGGCUCUCAGAUAACAACACUGGAGGAAACUCAUGAGUGUUUUGAGGACAUAGAGAAGCUUACAGAAGACCUGCAUAUCGUUGAUAAGGAGAAAGACAACAAAAUUAUGCAGCUUAGUCCUCUAUAUACAGCUGAGUGGCAUAACACAUUACGUUACUUGAACCGGAACAUAGGCAGCCUUUCACGGUUGGAAGAGCAACAGCCAAGACUUAAUACGACUGAUUAUGAAUGUCAUGACCAUCCGCUGUUCGGGGAUUCUUCUGAUAUACAAACUGACUUCCCAGGUACUGACAUUCAAAGGAAACAAAAACAGAAAGGUCAUGUUCUGCAAAUACGGCAGUUUCAACAGGGAAAACUUGGCAGAACACCUCUGUACGCAAUCCUUGAAAGAAUGAUUGCAGAAGAUAAGGCAGCCAUAGCUUCCAUGGAAGGACGUCUUCUGUCUAUGGCGCAAGGUGGUCGACUUGUCCACGUUAUGGGAACUCCUGUUUUGU